AUGAAUAAGGCUGAAAUAUGGUUAGAUAAACCAAUAUAUGUCGGAAUGAGUAUGUUGGACUUGGCUAAGACAAUAUAUGAUUUUCAAUAUAACUAUUUAGCAGGCAGGUUCGGAGAAAAAUUUACAACUUGCUAUACAGAUACAGAUUACGUAAUAGUGGAAAUACGUGAACAAGACCCCUAUGAGGCUAUGAUAAAAGAUUGUCAUCAAUAUUUUGAUACCUCAGACUAUCCUAAAGAAAAUAUUUAUGGUAUCCCCCAGGUUAAUAAGAAGGUGUUAGGUAUGAUGAAAGAUGAGACUAAUGACUGA